AUUGAUCCCCAUAUCGCCAUUUUCCGAGGAGAGCAGCUGAAUGAAUGCCCUUCAUCUAACCGUUCAGCACACGUGACGUCGGAUUCCCUUCCGCAGACGCUUACCGUGGUCGAAUACUUGCGAAUCAGUGCUUUACUUCAUCCGCCAGCUACUCGCGCUUUCAAGAUCGAAAACAUGAUCGACCAGUUGAUGGCGACUUUGGCACUGGCGCAUCAACGACAUACGCUCUGUUCUCGCCUCAAAAAAUCUGAAUUGGUCCGCUUGAAAAUAGCGGCGCAACUUCUCAAAGACACAGAUGUUCUGAUUUGUGACAGUGUGACGAAGUGCAUGGAUAUUUAUGAACUAGCUUUCGUCAUAGACUAUCUUCGUGACUGGGCAAUCAAACUCAACAGAAUUGUCAUCCUGGCCGUCGCUCCUCCUUCCAUCGAAAUCUUGCUGAUGUUCUCACAAUGUGCGGGUUUGCCACAAGCAAAUAGAAUG